GUUUUCUGAGGAACGGAUGGAUUUGUGGCUUGUUAGAAAUUUGUAUUUAACAUACUUAAUUUAAUAACUAAUUUAUAUAUAACAUAUUCACUGGAGUCAAGAGAGCUGUGUUGCCUUCUCGGUCUGCUUUAGGCGGAGACAAACUGAAUCUGUAUUGGUGUUGAUGUGAAGGUGUUCCGCAGCAGUGGUCAUGAGUGACAGUCAUCCUCUGCGGCCGAUGAGCUCCACGUCUGAGAUCGACCACCUCCAUCUCCUGUCAGAGCAGCUUGGUGCAUUAGUUCCUGGUGAAGAGUACAGCGAUGUCACCUUCGUGGUGGAGGAGAAGCGCUUUCCCGCACACAGAGUCAUUCUUGCGGCCCGCUGCCAGUAUUUCAGAGCUUUGCUAUAUGGAGGACUGAGAGAGUCCCGGGCCCAGGCGGAGGUUCGGUUGGAGGAAACACGUGCCGAGGCUUUUUCCAUGUUAUUGCGGUAUCUAUACACAGGCCGAGCCACCCUGAGUGAAGCCAGGGAAGAGACUCUGUUAGAUUUCCUGGGCUUGGCACACCGCUAUGGCCUCCAACCUCUAGAAGGCUCCAUAUGCGAGUUCCUCCGCACUUUAUUGAGUACGCGAAACGUCUGUCUGGUGUUUGAUGUGGCUAGUCUGUACUGUCUGAUUGGGCUGGCUGAGGCCUGCAUGGCCUACAUGGACCGUAACGCCACCGAAGUGUUGAAGUCAGACGGCUUUCUCACCCUUUCAAAGUCUGCCCUGCUGACCGUUGUCAGGAGAGAUUCCUUUGCUGCAAGUGAGAGGGAGAUCUUUCAGGCCCUCUGCCGCUGGUGUCACCACAACGGCGAUGGCCCAGAGGCGAAGGAAGUGAUGUCAGCAGUCCGACUGCCCCUGAUGACCCUCUCUGAAAUGCUGAAUGUGGUUCGUCCCUCGGGCCUCCUCAGCCCGGACGACCUGCUAGAUGCCAUACAGACCCGCUCGGAGAGCAGAGACAUGGACCUCAACUACCGCGGCAUGCUAAUCCCAGAGGAGAACAUUGCCACUAUGAAGCAUGGCGCUGUGGUGGUGAAGGGUGAGCUGAAGUCUGCUCUCCUGGAUGGAGACACGCAGAACUAUGAUCUGGACCAUGGCUUCUCAAGACACCCCAUAGAAGAAGAGGGACGAGCUGCUGGUAUUCAGGUCCGCUUGGGUCAACCCUCCAUCAUCAACCACAUACGUCUACUGCUAUGGGACAAGGACAGCAGGUCUUACUCGUACUAUGUCGAGGUGUCUAUGGAUGAGCUGGACUGGGUACGUGUGGUGGAUCACUCCAAGUUCCUGUGCCGCUCCUGGCAGCAUCUAUAUUUCCCAGCACGAGUUUGCAGGUUUAUUCGUGUUGUGGGGACACAUAACACUGUCAACAAAGUGUUUCACUUGGUGGCUCUGGAGUGCAUGUACACACAGCGACCUUUCACCCUGGAGAGAGGCCUAAUUGUUCCCACAGAGAAUGUGGCGACCGUGCAGGCAUGUGCUAGUGUGAUAGAGGGUGUGAGUCGCAGCAGAAACGCCCUGCUGAAUGGGGACACCAGCCACUAUGACUGGGACUCAGGAUACACCUGUCACCAGCUGGGCUCUGGAGCCAUCGUUAUCCAGCUCGCUCAGCCUUACAUGCUGUGCUCAAUGCGGUUGCUGUUGUGGGACUGUGAUGAGAGGAGCUAUAGUUAUUAUGUGGAGCUGUCCACAAACCAGCAACACUGGGUGAGGGUCGUAGACCACACAAAAGUGGCAUGCAGGUCGUGGCAGACUCUGACGUUUGACACACAGCCUGCAUCCUUUAUUCGUAUUGUGGGAACUCACAACACCGCUAAUGAGGUUUUUCACUGCGUUCACUUUGAGUGCCCUGCACAGGUGGAUACGGUUGUUAAAGAAGGAAGUCCUGGACCAGAUCAGCCCAAACCAGAAUCCAGCUCCCAGAACUCCCAUUCACAGGGCCUGACGCCCCAAAAACCCUCCACGUCUCCUCACACAUAGACUGUGAAUGUUUAUGAUAAGACACACUUGAGAUGCUCAGGUGGUGUUCUCAAGGUUACGAGCUGCUAAACAUAGAACUCUUUAUAUUUAUAUUCAGAAAAUACUUGAGCUGAUUAUAACAUGAUGGUGAGUAUAACAAUUACUGUCACAUGCACUUAUUUUAUUAUGUUCGGAGAACAACAAAAACCAUGAUAAUAAGUAUUACCGACUUAAUGGGUUUUGCAAUACGGUCUCAUUUAUUAGAUAUCUUAAAAUGGUUUAUCAUAGAAAAGUAAGCAGAUAUCCUGUUUAAAAUCAAAAAUUAAAAUCACCAUGAAACGGAA